GGUUUUUGCAAACAUUUUACCCAAAAUCCGAAUCCUUCUUUCUUCAUCUCUAUCCUCCAUUAAUGGAGAAAUCAAGGUUUCAUUCUUUAAAUCUUAACUCAUUCUCCAAGGAAAUAAAUUAAGCUCAUGCACAAAAGAAAAAAACAAAACAAAACAAAAACAAAGAAAGAAAGAAACACACAUUACAAUUCACAACAGCUUUCAUUUGAAAUCUCUGGACUCUUACAUUUCACGAGGUUGCACGCCUAAGCUUAGCUUCUCUCCCAAAUCGAUUUUUCUCCAGCUUUCUCUCUGUCUUUUUUCUAGUUUUCUUCUUCUUAUUUCUCUCUCUGGUUUUUCGUUUUCAAAAUCCAAAGAGGGUUUUUUGGUUUUUUGGUUUUUAGGUCCAUUUCUUUUUCAUUUUCAUUUGAUUCCAAUGUCAUCAUUGGCGACAGUGAUGGCUACUAGAAGGCCUAAAUGGCAGUACCCACAACCGGCGCCGCCGACUCCGAGGAUUCUCCACUUUCCGAGGAGGCCAAGGAUGCGGCGGCGGCCGUCCAAGAGUUUACCAACAAAACCCACUUCAGAUGGGAGAGGGAAGCUCGAGGCGUUGUUUGGUCAGGAACGGGAGUUUUUGAAGGAGAGUUUUCCGGUUGUUUUGAUGGAUCCUGAGAGAGAGAGGGAAGGUUAUGGGGGAGGUGCAGCGGCGGCGGAAGAGAAGUGGCGGUUUCAGGCGGAGAUGUUGAGGGCGGAGUGUAAUUUGUUGAGGAUGGAAAGAGAGAUUACUAACAAGAAAUUGGAGAAGAUGAAGAGUCGAAUGGAAAGGACUCUGAAAUCAGCUGUUCAAGCUCUUGUUUCUGGGAGAAACAAGAUAUAUGAAGGCAAUGAUGUAAAGAUGGUAUUGGAGGAUGAGAUCAACGAUUUGGCUCAGAAACUCGAGAGGUUGCGAAGAGGAUCAAGAGAUAAACAAAUAGAACUUAAGAAGAGUAGUAAUUUUGACAAACAAGCGUCAUUGCUACAGAAAAAGCUUGAGAAAAUUGGAGAGGAUACUGAUGAACUGAAAACUGUUGCAGAAACGAAGAAGACUUGUAGAGAUCAAGAAAGCUUCAUAUCAAAUGGCAAAUUCAAUAAUGUUCAGGUGGACGUUUUGAAGAGAAAAAUGGAGGAUCUGUCUAAGGGAACUUUGUUAGAGAGAAUGAGGGAGGAAUGUAGGUCUAUGCUUUCCACUCCAUCCGCCAGCUCCGUCCGCUCCGCCACUCUACCGAAUCUGGACUCAACAUUAUCGCAAGAACAAAAUCAAUGCUCAGGGCAUUGCAAGGCGAUUAUUCGAAGAAUCACAGAGCAAGUUAAAGCUGAAAAAGAUCAAUGGUCACAAAUGCAAGAGAUGUUAAAUCAAGUAAGGGAAGAAAUGGAAGAAUUACAGGUAUCUCGUGAGUUCUGGAAAGAUCAAGCGCUAGAAUCCGAAUCACAAAUCCAAUCUCUUCAAUCCUCCGUUGAAGAAUGGAAAGAGAAGGCGAUGGCGCAUGAAAUUAACAAAAUGAAGAAGAAGGGACAAGGUUCAGGUUCACUACCAGAUGAAAUGGAGAAGCAUGUGUUGAUUUGCAGAGUGAAGGAGAAGAAGAAUAAUCAUAAUCUAGUUCUCCAUGCAAGGGAUGUUCGAAGCAGACGGAGAGAGAUCUCCAUUGAUGAAUUACAACAAGAACCACAACAACAACAACAACAACAAAAACUUCAUACGCAAAUGAAAACGAUUGAGAAAAUUCAGCGAUUACCUUUUCGAGAAAUCGGCAACCAUCUUCAUAAGUGAAUUUGAAGCGUUCUUGGUGUUGUUCUUAAAUUUUUUUUGGAUGCAUUUUGGUUUAAUUGUUCUACCGAAUUUGUAAAUAUAAGUUGAUGAGGGUUUUUAAGGAAAACUAAUAUUUUAAUUUUUAAGAUAAAAGUGGGUUAUUCAAAUAACGAAAAUCAUCUCCAUAUGAGUCCAA